AUGCAAGGAUGCUGGGCUCUCUCGCAGGACGCCACUGGACGAGGACCGCAUUCAAAUGCCGCAGCAGUGCAACGACAGUCGAGGGACCCGAAAUCCGGCAAUCCACUAUCUCACUACACUGCAAGAAAUUAAUGGGUUAAAUUGAAAUUUCACGCUUUGCUGGCUUCGCAGCUCGUUGUCAGGGCUUGGAAUAGGUCAGGUUGGAGUCGCUCUCGGUCCGUGAAGGUAUCCUUGAAACGAGUGCAUAUUUAUAGUAAUGCGGGUCAGGUUAACCCAAGCGAGGGAUUAUUUUAG